CAUUGCUUACCUAGAGGAGAAGAUGAGAGAGUUGCAGCUACGUCGAGACGGAGGAUCCCCCACAGACAAGCGUCUCCCGCCUGAACCGGGUGCAGGACCAGCCCCUCCUCCGAAGGACUAUGGUUCCGGCUAUGACGAGUAUGACGCCUCGGGGGCUUACCCGCAAGGAGGAUCUGGUUCCAUGCCGACAGGCGCUCCCUUUUCAGAUCCCCGGCCUUUCGCUCCUGUUCCCAAGGCCCGGCCGAAUUUCUCUAAACUUGGUAUGCUUUACCUGUCGCUCAGCACCGACAGGGGCCUUGCAAGCUUCCAGGAUGUCUAACUGACGCUGUGCUGUGUUCAGACUUGAUCAAAUAUGAUACCCCGUAUCUCGGACCUAAGAUCCAACUCAUGUUGUCCCAACUCGAAUUUAAAUUGAGUGUUGAAAAGCAAUACAAAGCGGGUAUUGAGAAGAUGGUUCGCCUGUAUCAAGAUGAGGGUGAUAGGAAGAGUCGCGCAGAUGCUGAGGGUCGGCGGAUCGAGAGCAAUCAGAAAAUCCAGCUGCUAAAGCAGGCCUUGAAGCGAUAUGAAGAUCUUCACGUUGAAAUUGAAUCGACAGACUCUCCAGACGAUGAGAGUCUGAACACACCCAACAUGCGCAAGCCACUUACUGGUCUUCUAACAUUGCGCAUUCAGGCAGUUACUGAUGUAGAUCAUGCCACCAGCUCGAGAUUCUCUCGGGGCCCAGAGACUUUCGUCAUCAUCAAAGUUGAAGACACUAUCAAAGCCCGUACAAAAGCGACCCGGACCGAUAGGUGGCAGGAUGAGACCUUCACUAUUGACAUUGACAAAGCAAACGAAAUCGAACUUACCGUGUAUGACAAGUCGGGUGACAGACCUACUCCGAUUGGCAUGCUUUGGGUGCGCAUCUCCGAUAUCGCCGAAGAGAUGCGUCGCAAAAAGCUCGAAAGCGAGCUCAAUGCAUCAGGUUGGGUUUCUGCGGAUAAGAUGGAACACGGCGGUUCGUCGGGGCGGCCUGACACCGCUGGGCAGCCGGGAUCUCCGCAUGCCCCAGGCUCCGUGGGGCAUUCUGGUCCUCCUGCGCAGGGUUAUGCAGGUGCUCCGGGUGGUGCGCCCUCCUCAAACUCAGUGAUGAUCGAAUCUUGGUUCGCAUUAGAACCCGUUGGUCGAAUCCAUCUGUCAAUGAGCUUUGCCAAACAAUUGAAGGAUCGACGACCGUUCGACAUUGGUCUUAACCGACAGGGUGCCGUUCGUCAGAAGAAGGAAGAGGUCCACGAAAUGCAGGGACACAAGUUCGUCACUCAACAAUUUUACAACAUCAUGCGUUGUGCUCUCUGUGGCGAUUUCCUGAAAUAUGCUGCCGGUAUGCAAUGUGCCGACUGCAAAUAUACGUGUCACCGCAAGUGUUAUUCAAAGGUCGUUACCAAGUGUAUCAGCAAAGCAAACUACGAGACGGAUCCAGACGAGGAGAAGAUUAAUCAUCGUAUUCCGCAUCGGUUCGAGGGCUUCUCCAACCUCUCUGCCAACUGGUGUUGUCACUGCGGGUACUUGCUUCCAUUUGGACGUAAAAAUGCCAAGCGAUGCUCAGAAUGUGGCCUCACUUGCCAUGCCAACUGUACUCAUCUUGUACCUGACUUCUGUGGCAUGUCCAUGGAAGCUGCGAACCAGAUCUUAGAAACGUUGAUUCGUGCUAAGAAUUACAACAAAUCCCCUUCUGUCAGUUCUGGUCUCAGUGGUCGCACCCUGCGGCCAGGUGGUGCGCCUCAAACCCCUCAAGAUCCUACUCUUGCAUAUCCGCAAAAGCCUGUGGAGAGCCCGUAUGGGUUACCUCAAAGAGAGCCUUCUGCUGAAGCCGUGAGCGCUGCAACCAAUUCCUAUAUACCCCCACAGUCUCCAACGGUCGCACAGCGACAGCAAAUGCCGCCAAGAACGUCAUCUACAGGUCCUGCCGCUGCCGCUGCCGCUGCCGCCACAGGCAUGCACACGCCUAGUCCGGUGCAAACCCAGCCGCCUUCGCACGCCCACUAUGACCCUGCCGCGUAUGUGUCCUACCAACAAAGCAUGGCGCCCCCGCCGCAACAGCAGAUGCCGCAGAAGGUUGCGUCGCCUUACGGUGUACCUCCACAGCAGCAGCCUGUGCCAGUAAUGCAGCAGCAGGUUGCUGUGAAAGAAGAUGCUCCGCCCCAGCAACCCAAGGUCAGGAUUGGCUUGGAUCAUUUCAAUUUCCUGGCCGUCCUUGGUAAAGGUAACUUUGGAAAGGUCAUGCUGGCUGAAACCAAGAGCACCAAGAAGCUUUAUGCUAUCAAGGUUUUGAAAAAGGAAUUCAUCAUUGAGAACGAUGAAGUGGAGAGUACCAAAUCUGAGAAGCGUGUCUUCUUGGUUGCAAACAAAGAACGCCACCCAUUCCUUCUUAAUCUCCACGCCUGCUUCCAGACAGAAACCCGUGUGUACUUUGUUAUGGAAUAUAUCAGCGGUGGUGAUCUGAUGUUGCACAUUCAACGUGGCCAGUUUGGUUUGAAACGAGCACAGUACGUUCUUCUAGCCUCCGAGUCCUCUCCCAAAUCCCCUUACUCUCACGUGAAGAUAGAUGCUAUAAGUGCUAAUACAAAAUGCAGGUUCUACGCUUCAGAAGUUCUGCUGGCACUCAAAUAUUUCCAUGAGAACGGUGUCAUCUAUCGUGAUCUGAAGCUCGAUAACAUUCUUUUGACGCUUGAUGGCCACAUCAAGAUUGCAGAUUACGGUCUUUGCAAGGAGAAUAUGUGGUAUGGCGCCACCACAAGCACAUUCUGUGGAACUCCCGAGUUUAUGGCACCUGAGAUUAUUCUGGAUAAGAAAUACGGUCGAGCAGUUGAUUGGUGGGCAUUUGGUGUGCUGAUCUACCAGAUGCUUCUGCAACAAUCUCCCUUCCGUGGUGAAGAUGAGGAUGAAAUCUAUGAUGCCAUUCUUGCCGAUGAACCCCUGUAUCCGAUCCACAUGCCUAGGGAUUCCGUUUCGAUCCUUCAAAAACUACUCACCCGCGAGCCAGAACUAAGACUUGGCUCCGGCCCGACCGAUGCCCAAGAGGUCAUGUCUCAUGCCUUCUUCAGGAACAUCAACUGGGAUGAUAUUUACCACAAGCGCGUCCCUCCUCCGUUCUUGCCGACCAUCACCAGCCCCACGGAUACAAGCAACUUCGACCAGGAAUUCACCAGCGUCACACCUGUUCUGACGCCCGUGCAAUCCGGUAAGCAACUAUCCUCUGCGAUUUUUUCAUCUAACGCUGACCAUGACAUUUUCUCUCCAGUCCUCUCCCAAGCCAUGCAGGAAGAAUUCCGCGGUUUCUCUUACACGGCAGACUUUGCCUGAUCCAAAUCUAUAUUCAUUGGUGAUUAAUGACCUGCAGUCAACGCAGUUAUUACUCUUCUGUUCGACGUGG